ACAGGCCUGUAUGGUGUCAGAAACACUGAGCUGUGACCAGAACAGCUCACCACAAGACCGUCUGGGCCCAGCAGGAAGUACCUCUGUAUCUACUUCCAGGUCAACCUCAGACGUCAUGUGGAUCAGAUGUCUGCUCUUCGUCUCGACCUUGUUUGCUCCCAUCGCCAUUGCCUAUGGCCGUGCCCCUAUCCCCAUGGCGGUGGUGCGCAGGGAGCUGUCCUGUGAGUCCUACCCCAUCGAGCUGCGCUGCCCGGGCACGGACGUCAUCAUGAUCGAGAGCGCCAACUACGGCCGCACCGACGACAAGAUCUGCGACUCGGACCCCGCCCAGAUGGAGAACACGCGGUGCUACCUGCCCGACGCGUACAAGAUCAUGUCACUCAGAUGCAACAACCGUACCCAGUGUGCGGUGGUGGCCGGGCCUGACGUCUUCCCCGACCCCUGCCCUGGCACAUAUAAAUACCUGGAAGUCCAAUAUGAGUGCGUCCCAUACAAAGUCGAACAAAAAGUGUUUCUCUGUCCUGGAAUUCUGCGAGGGGUGUACCAAAGCGAGCACCUCUUUGAGUCCGAUCACCAGUCGGGCGCAUGGUGCAAAGACCCGCUGCAGGCCUCGGACAAAAUCUACUACAUGCCGUGGACGCCGUACCGCACAGACACGCUGACAGAGUACUCGUCAAAGGAGGACUUCAUCGCAGGCCGUCCCACCACCACCUACAAGCUCCCGCACCGCGUGGACGGGACCGGUUUCGUCGUCUACGACGGCGCGCUGUUCUUCAACAAAGAGCGCACCCGCAACAUCGUAAAGUUCGACCUGCGCACUCGCAUCAAGAGCGGCGAGGCCAUCAUCGCCAACGCCAACUACCACGACACCUCGCCGUACCGCUGGGGCGGCAAAUCGGACAUCGACCUAGCGGUGGACGAGAACGGGCUGUGGGUGAUCUACGCGACGGAGCAGAACAACGGGCGCAUCGUGGUGAGCCAGCUCAACCCGUACACGCUGCGCAUCGAAGGCUCGUGGGACACCAGCUACGACAAGCGCUCGGCCUCCAACGCUUUCAUGAUCUGCGGCGUCCUGUACGUGGUCAAGACCGUCUACGAAGACGACGACAAUGAAGGGACGGGGAACAAAAUCGACUACAUGUACAACACCGAUAAGAGCAAAGAGAUGACGGUGAACAUACCCUUCCCGAAUUCUUACCAGUACAUCGCUGCAGUGGAUUACAACCCGAGGGACAACCUGCUGUACGUGUGGAAUAACUACCACGUGGUCAAGUACUCGCUGGACUUUGGCAACAAUGACUAUCGCCCACCUCCCAUGAUGCCUCCUAACCGAGGAGGAGUAAUAGGAGGAGGAGGAGGAGGUCCAAUUGGCGGUGGCGGUUCCUCCUCUUCAUCUACCAGCCGCACCACCACAACCCGUUCCCCUCCCUACUACACCACGCCGCGGCCUCUCCUCACCACCUCCCCCGGCCAGCGCUAUCGAACCACCACCACGGUUCGCCAACCCGUCAUCGUUCCCGCCGGCGGUGGCGGUGGCUCGUCAUCCGACACCAACCAGAUCCCCGACACCAACGAGAAGGCGAGAGGACGCCCCCCUCCGGUGCAGGUCCCUGCAGCUGCAGCCCCGCAGCCUCCCGCCCUGCCUCCGCAAGACUUCUGCAGUCCGAGGGUGACAGCCGACAUAUCGUGGCCCCUGACGCAGCAAGGCCAGACAGCCAAGCAGCCCUGCCCUGUGGGGACGCUGGGCGUGGCCACAUACGUGUGCGUGGCUCAUUUGGGCUACUGGGAUCCUCAAGGCCCCGACCUCAGCAACUGCACGUCGCCCUGGGUCAACCACAUCAUGCAGAAACUCCGUUCGGGCGAGACAGCGGCCAUCGUAGCCAAGGAACUGGCAGAGCAGACCAAAGGGCUCCUGCGCCCUGGCGACGUGCCAUCCACAGUGCGGGCCAUGGCCCAACUGGUGGAGCUGCUCGACGUCCAGCUCAGGAACCUCACCCCCGGGGGCAAGGACAGCGCCGCACGCAGCCUCACCAAGCUUCAGAAGAGAGAAAGGUCCUGCAGGUUUUUCACACAGGCUAUGGUGGACACUGUGAAUAAUUUGCUGCAACCGCGAGCCCAGGCGGCGUGGAGGGAGCUGCCCACCAGCGAGCAGCUGCACUCGGCCACUCUGCUCCUCGACACUGUGGAGACCGGCGCUUUUAUGUUGGCUGACAACCUACUGAAGACGGACACUGUGCAGGAGACCACUGACAACAUCCAGCUGGAAGUGGCCCGGCUGAGUACGGAUGGGAACCUGCAGGACUUGACGUUCCCUCAGUCAGAACUACACGGAAACUCCAUCCAGCUGUCGGCCAGCACUCUCAAACAGCACGGCCGAAACGGUGAGAUCCGGAUGGCCUUCGUCCUGUACAGGAACUUGGGUUCCUACCUGUCCACGGAGAACGCGAGCGUGAGGCUGAGCAGCGAGGCGGUUUACCCUAAUUACUCGGUUAUCGUCAACUCCCCGGUCAUCACGGCGUCCAUUAACAAGGAGAGCAACAAGGUUUACUUGUCUGAGCCCGUGGUCUUCACUGUGAAACACCUGCAGCAUUCGGAAGAGAACUUCAAUCCCAACUGUUCAUUCUGGAGCUACUCCAAGCGCACCAUGACGGGAUUCUGGUCUACGCAGGACUGUCGUCUGCUGGGCACCAACCGCACACACACCACCUGCUCCUGCACACACCUCACCAGCUUCGCCGUGCUCAUGGCCCACGUGGAGGUCAAGAAGGCUGACAGCAUGCACGACCUGCUCCUGGACGUCAUCACAUGGGUGGGGAUCCUGCUGUCGCUGGUCUGCCUGCUCAUCUGCAUCUUCACCUUUUGCUUCUUCCGCGGGCUGCAGAGCGACCGCAACACCAUCCACAAGAACCUCUGCAUCAGCCUGUUCAUCGCUGAGUCACUGUUCCUGGUCGGGAUCAACAGGGCGGAUCAGCCGAUUGCCUGUGCAGUCUUCGCGGCCUUGCUCCAUUUCUUCUUCUUGGCAGCCUUCACCUGGAUGUUCCUGGAAGGGGUGCAGCUCUACAUCAUGCUGGUGGAGGUGUUUGAGAGCGAGCACUCCAGGACUAAGUACUUCUACCUGGCAGGAUACGGAGUACCUGCUGUCAUAGUGGCCGUCUCCGCUGCAGUGGACUACAGGAGCUACGGCACCGACCGAGUGUGCUGGCUGCGACUGGACACAUACUUUAUCUGGAGCUUCAUAGGCCCUGCCACUCUCAUAAUUAUGCUCAAUGUAAUCUUCCUCGGUAUUGCUCUUUAUAAGAUGUUCCAUCACACGGCGAUUCUCAAACCAGACUCCGGAUGUCUGGACAACAUCAAGUCUUGGGUGAUCGGAGCCAUAGCCCUGCUGUGUCUGCUGGGCCUGACCUGGGCUUUCGGCCUCAUGUACAUCAACGAGAGCACGGUCAUCAUGGCCUACCUCUUCACCAUCUUCAACUCCCUGCAGGGCAUGUUCAUCUUCAUCUUUCACUGCAUACUGCAGAAGAAGGUGCGUAAAGAGUACGGCAAAUGCCUGCGCACCCACUGCUGCAGCGGCAAGAGCGUGGAGACGUCCAUCUCCUCCUCCAGCAAGACGACCACGUCGCGGACACCCGGCCGCUACUCCACGGGCUCACAGGUGAGCUUACCUGCCUGCACACCCGGACGCUACAGCACAGCAGACUCUCAGAGUCGCAUCAGGCGGAUGUGGAACGACACCGUGAGGAAACAGGAGUCUUCCUUCAUCACUGGAGACAUCAACAGCUCUGCCACGCUCAACAGAGGAGCCAUGGCUAAUCAUCUUAUAACUAAUGCUCUCCUUCGUCCCCAUGGUACUAACAAUCCUUAUAACACUCUCCUGGGGGACUCGGCAGUCUAUAACAACCCGGCCGUGGGCAUGUACAACACCCAAGCACCUUACCGAGACACAAAGGGCAUCCUGAACAACGCAAGAGACUCCAGUGUUAUGGAUACGCUCCCUCUCAAUGGUAACCAUGCCAACAACUACAGCAUGGCCAGCAGCGAGUACCUGAGCGACUGCGUCCAGAUCCUCGACCGCAGUGGCGGCUACGGCACGCACGGCAACCACAAGGAGACCACGCUGGAGAAAAAGAUCCUCAAGGAGCUGACCUCCAAUUACAUCCCGUCGUACCUCAACAACCACGAGAGAGCCACCACCGAGCGCAACCACAACCUGAUGAACAAGCUGGUCAACAGCAGCAUGGCCAACGGAGGGAGCAUGGCAGGAGGCAGCAGCAGCAGCAGCAGCAGCGGAGUCAGUGGGUGUGUGGGCAGCGGUAAGGAGGACAAUGGUCCCAUGGUGCUGGACAACCCCGUGGCCUUCCCUCAUGAGGAGAACCUGGGUUUGGAGAUAAUCAGAGAGGAGUCCAACGCGCCGCUCCUGCCGCCACGGCCUCCUCCACCAGACAGCCACCCUCCGCCUCCGCCGCCGCCCCACAGCUUCUCCCGGCCUCGCCGCAUCCCCCAAGAGACCAGCGAGAGCUUCUUCCCCCUGCUGACCAACGAGCACACCGACGAGCACACGCACUCGCCCAACCACAGAGACUCGCUGUACACCAGCAUGCCGGUGCUGACGGACCUCCCGGAUGGGCAGAUGAACGGUUUAACAGAUGGAGAGGAAGACAGCUCCGGGGAGCUGCAGCCCUGUAAGAGCGCCACCGCACCAGAGCUGGACGACGUCUAUUAUAAGAGCAUGCCAAACCUGGGCUCCAGGAAUCACCUGCACGAGCUACAGAGCUACUACCACAUGGGCCGUGGUGGCAGCGAUGGGUACAUGGUGUCUGGCAGCAAGGAGGAGUCUGAUUCGUCGCCCGAGGAGCCGCCCAUAGACCCUUCCCACCUGGUUACCAGUCUAUAGAGCCAAUCAAGAGACUUCUAUCCCUCCCCUGUCUCACUCUCACACUUCCAAUCCUCCAAUGAAAACAUUCUGUGUUGUUGACUGACGGACUGAGCUGGCCCGCCGACGCUGGAUCGAUGUGACGUUAACUACGGCUCGUGACAAUGCGGUCGAGUGUAUCGCCGGUCAGAUGAAAAAAAGCAGGGGCUGAAUGUAUUGUCAUUAAAUGGUGCAGACUGAGAGCGGAAACUUUGAAUCUGGAAGAGGAAGAGGAAGAGGAAGGGGGAGGGAUUCUGUAAUUUUACCCCGAAACAUGUUACUUUCAUUUGGAAUCUUGGAUUGAGCGAAGCCCUACAAGAUCCCCCAAUAUGGACCUCUAGCAGAUCAUAGCAUAUAGUCUCCACUACCACCACUACAGGGGGGCGCGUCACCCCCCCCUCCAGCCCUGGUUUAAAGGAGCUGCCUGUCUGUUUGUCUGUCUGUCUGUCUGUCUGUCUGUCUGUCUCACUCUUAAAGACACGUACCGGGAUAAUGUUUCCGCCUCUCCAGAGGGUAGAGCAGGAUUAUUAAAAACUCACCUACAUAAACUGGCCUUAAAGAGGCCCCGCCCCACUACCUGCCAAUCAAGUGGAGGAUGUAUGAUAUAUAUGCCCUCACUACCGACCAUCCCACCCAAAAAAAACAAAAACUGUUUUACUUGGGCGGCCGAACUGUUACCCAUAUCACGCUGAUGUUCUGACUUCUCUUCCUGUUCGUAUCUGCUAAACUGGAGUUUUCUUUGUCCGGGCUGGUGUAACAUUCCUGCAAAGUUGUAGUGACUGCGGCUACUGUGUAUUUCACUAAAAACAAAGGAAGGAAGAUCAUAUUAAGACAGACUGAAUUAAAAAAACAAAAAAAGGAUUAAAAAAAACAACAUUUCUGCUCCUUUCUUCUGUAAAAGUUUUCAGUUAUCGAAAAAGGACUCUAAAGAAAUCACAAACUGUUUCUAUGUAUUGUACAGAAUACAGAUACAGAUACAAAAAUGUCGCAAGUCUUUUUAUUUUUUAUUCCUGAAUCUCUUCAGUUACGAAACCUUUUGUCUGUGGAACUGUUCUGAAACGUCAUGAUAUGUUCUGGUCACGUGUAGACUUACAGAACGAGCAAGGAACAAUCUUUCCUGUCACUCUUUUUAAAGAACACAGAGACAGUUAAGCACUCCUUAAUUCAUUCAUUCAUUAAUACGCAUAUACCCUACACGCACACUUCUUCUUCUUCGUUCUGGUCCUUUUUAUAGCAACACCACUGUCACUUACAUUUUGCAAAUCAACUCUUACUAUAUACUUUACCACUGUGUAGAUUUAAAGCGGGGGAGAAUGAAGCGGAAAGAGACGGUUACUAUGGAAAUGCUUUUUUUUUUUUUAAAGUCUUCACCGGAAGUGAGCGUCACCUCGUUUCCUUCCUUCAGGUGCAAGGACGUGAAGAAAAAAAAGAGAAAGAUGUUCAGAUAUUUGAAGUGCGUCCUCUCUUAUUGCCAAAUAUUCUACUUAAUUGACGUUACCUUGCUGUGCCGGUCGAGAUCUCGUUGUACAGAAAAAGAAAUGCUGAGAAUAAUAA